AUGACUCAAAUACCCACGCCACCAGCAUCGCGGCCGACCUCGGAGGCACCUGAAGUGAAGGUGAAUCCGGUAGCUUUGGAAGAGUCGGUCCAAUGCUUGGAUACCCUUCUUGAGAAAUACUUGCACCUGCUUGAUCGGCAGCAGAAACUACAUUCAAGUCUAGCAGAACAGUUGUCUUCGGGAUUUUUUGCUCUCGCCCAGGCCAAUUUCUCCAGUCCUGGCCGUCGCUAUGGUCCCGAUUAUUAUGAUGAUCGCAUGAAAGCGACGAGAAAGAUAGCAAUCCAAACCGAACGAAACACGGAGAACCCCACGAACGAGCCGCAAGAGAAAGAGCAUAUGACUACACCUUAUUCUGAAUACAUAUUCUCUGUCGAAACCACGCCCAAUCAUCCACCGGAGGAUGCCGAUGGGGACAACAACACCAAAGCCUCUUCUCCAAUUCUAGAUAGACACCCUGAAGCCUCGAAGGAAACCAGUCCGGCUGAGACAGCUAGCUCAGAACUCUCCAACACUGCGGCAACGACACCCAUACUUGUCGAAAAUCCAAAACCCGCCCCCAAGAAGUGUCGAUCUGCCGAUCCUAUCCAUUGGUACGGAAUAUUGGUCCCCCAGUCGCUGCGCAGGGCGCAAGACUUUUUUGUCAAUGCGAUAGACAAUCAGGUGCCGGAUUUGGCUAGUACAACAGUUGAAAUGCGAGCCUUGGAACAGCAGAUAAGCCAAUUACGGGCUCGGCUGGAAACUGAGUCCUCUGGUGCAAGCAUGACUAUGCUGUAG